AUGUCGUCGAUGCACCGCAAGACGAGUAGCUCCCAGCGGACAGCCGCCCCCACGGGCGCCUCCUCGGGUUACGAUUACCCGCCUUACGACCAGACACACGCCAACACCCUUGCCAACAGACGUCCCUCGGUCGACCACCAGCAGCUCUCGAAGCAGCGACCCACCACCACCUAUUCCACUCUCAUUCCUCCGCCUUCGCCCACAUACUUCCGGCUCCAGGAAAUGGGUGGUAGACCAACCAGCACAGCAGGACCACCCAGGCCCAGAGGAGAACUCGACCAUCUCAGACCCCUAGACCCUGUCCCCACUGGAGGCGACCAGGCAGAGGAAAACAUCAGCCUGUUCCAAAAGAUCAGCAUCUGGAUGAUCAACGAAGGCAACCGUGUCAUCUUCUUUGGUAUCUGGAUCUUUGUCCAUAUCGGCUUGUUCGGUCUCGCUUUCUUCAACUUCUUCUACUCUGACAACUUUGAAAAAACCCGCAGCAUUCUCGGUGUCACCCUCCCAAUAGCCCGUGGUGCCGCCCUCGUCCUUCACGUCGACUCGGGUGUCAUCUUGUUGCCCGUCUGUAGGACUCUAAUCUCUUGGCUGCGCUCCACGCCCCUGAACAGGAUCGUGCCCUUCGACAAGGCCAUCACCUUCCAUAAGGCCAUCGCCUGGAGUAUCGUCUUCUUCUCACUCGCCCACACCUUUGCCCAUUAUGUCAACUUUUACAAACUCGCCCGGGCGGACCCCGUCAAGUAUCAGUUCUGGAGUCUGAUGUUUGCCUCGGGCCCAGGAUGGACAGGACAUAUCAUGCUCGUCGUCUUGCUCGUCAUGGUCGUCACAGCCUUGCCCAGCGUCCGCGUGAAGAAUUUCGAGAUCUUUUGGUAUUGGCACCAUCUCUUCCUUCUAUUCUUUUUCUUUUUCUCAUUCCACGGCGCCUUCUGCUUGCUCCCGCCUGACCGUCCGCCCUACUGUAAGGAUAUUUCGAGUUUCUGGAAGUACUGGGUUGCAAGCGGCUUCAUCUAUUUGUUAGAACGUGUGGCGCGUGAAUGGCGUGCCCAACAAAAGACGGUUAUUUCGCGAGUUAUUUUGCACCCGUCCAAGGUUGUCGAAAUCCAGAUCAAAAAGGAGAACUGUCAUGCAUUGGCUGGACAGUAUAUAUUUCUAUGCUGUCCCGAGGUCUCGCUUUGGCAAUGGCACCCAUUUACCCUGACCAGUGCUCCCGAGGAGGACUACAUUAGUGUCCAUAUGCGUGUCGUCGGAGACUUCACCAAGGAGUUGAGCAAGAAGCUGGGAUGCGAUGCCGAGGGCGUGAGCGAGUGGGAAGAGAAUCUGGGAGAUCGCAACGGACUGGUCACGGUUUUGCCCCGCAUCAUGAUCGAUGGACCAUUUGGAGCAGCAUCUGAGGACGUGUUCAAGUAUGAGGUCACGGUCUUGUUCGGUGCCGGUAUCGGUGUAACGCCAUUUGCCAGUGUGCUUAAGAGUAUCUGGUACAGAGUUAACUACCCAACCAAGCCCACAAAGCUGCAUAAGGUUUACUUCUUCUGGGUUUGCCGUGACAAGGAGUCGUUCGAAUGGUUCCAGUCAUUGUUGCUUGCGCUCGAGUCCCAGGAUUUGAACCAGUUUAUCGAGAUCCACACUUUCUUGACCGGACGUCUGAGACAUUCUGAGGUCGGUAACUUGAUGAUCAAUGAGGACAGUGCCUUUGCAGAUACGGUGACGGGACUCAGGGCAAGGACGCGUUUCGGACGACCGAACCUGGAUUUGGAGUUUGACCGAAUUCGUGGCCAACAUCCCGAUACGGAUAUCGGUAUCUUCUUCUGUGGUCCCAAGAGGAUGGGCAAGCAGUUGCAUGCCUGCUGCACCAAAUUCAGCGGUUCCGGCACCUCCUUCUUCUGGCACAAAGAAAACUUUUAA